GUGCUCUCUAUCUACGCAAAAUCGACUGGUAAGAACAGUCCCCACAGCUGGGUGACUGAUUCCUCGAACAUCUCGGCCGUGUCCUAUAUAGCUGCACAGCUAUUCAAGCCUUUUGCGGCACGUCAAUUCUCAUCAACCAUGCGUCACGCUACAGGCCUCAAAGUAUCGACUUUCAAGCUCAUUAAACCGAGCUCGUUUCUUGCCGCUCUCCUGGCAAAUCCCACACCGCUGGGCCAAAAUAUAGCUAUUUCACUACAAGACUACGAGUACUACAAAGCAUUGAAGGGAAAGAGGGAGAGCAUCGAGAGCACCAUCAAAGAGAUUGAGGGUCGGUCGCCUAAAGUGGUGGAAGAUGCACAAGAUACGGACUAG